CCCAGGGCGCCUGGCCCCGCCCCCUCCCAGGCCCCGCCUUCCCCCACGUGUCUGCCGCCUAGGGGAGGCGCCUGAGCCGGAGCGGGCUGGCUACCGGACCCCGUCGGCUCCCUGGGUCCUGUCGGCGGCCCCCGGAGCGGCGCGGCUCCCCGAUGCUCCCGCCCCGGCCGCCGCGGGCCGGGCUGUGCAUUUAGUGCCCCGCUCUGGCCCUUUAAAGUGCCGGCGGGGGAGGGAGCGGCCUCGGCCCCGCGGAGACGGAGCGGCUGGAGGACGAGGCGGCGGCCGCGGGGAGGAGGAUGGGGGCUAACCAGUUGGUGGUGCUCAACGUGUACGACAUGUACUGGAUGAACGAAUACACUUCAUCCAUCGGAAUUGGAGUAUUUCAUUCAGGAAUUGAAGUUUAUGGCAGAGAAUUUGCGUAUGGUGGACAUCCUUACCCAUUUUCUGGAAUAUUUGAAAUUUCCCCAGGAAAUGCUUCUGAAUUGGGAGAAACAUUUAAGUUUAAAGAAGCUGUUGUUUUAGGGAGCACUGACUUCCUUGAAGAUGAUGUAGAAAAAAUUAUAGAAGAACUGGGAAAAGAAUACAAAGGCAAUGCCUAUCAUUUGAUGCAUAAAAACUGCAAUCACUUUUCUUCAGCUUUCUCAGAGAUCCUUUGUGGGAAGGAGAUUCCUCGCUGGAUCAAUCGACUUGCCUACUUCAGCUCCUGUAUACCCUUUCUACAGAGUUGCCUCCCAAAGGAGUGGCUCACUCCUGCAGCCCUGCAGUCUAGUGUUAGCCAAGAGCUCCAAGAUGAACUGGAGGAAGCAGAGGAUGCUGCCGCAUCUGCUUCCAUGGCAAGCUCUGCAGCGGGCUCCAGACCUGGGCGCCACACUAAACUAUAAAUGUCUCCAAAGUCUCACAUUCAGAACUGUCUCUGGCAGUUGACUAUCACUAGAGAAAAGUAAAAGUGAAAAUGUCCUUUAGAUAUUUUGUAUGCAAAGAUGGCUCUCCCCCAAAUCCCAGUUUUUUCAGCUCAGGAUUAUAUUUGUAAUCAAAAAUAUCACUUGGCGCAGGAGGGAGAACUUUGUAUAAAGCUGCCCUCUGUUUUUUUUACCCACUUGUAAAUUUGGAUUUACUUCUUCUGGUUUAUACAAACUCCAUUUAAGUUAUGUUUACAGUAUUUUGUAUCGCUGUUUACAAAUCUUGCAUGGACUCCUGCCUCAGUGAAAGAAGAAAAUCUUCAUGUCUUCGGAAAGUAGGCAGGUUAUAUCUUUAUACACUUCUGACAAUUGCCAGAGCUGUGGCAUAAAUAAUAGGCACACAAAAAGGUACUUAACACAGUUAUAGUCACCAUUGCCUGCUUAAGAAUUGUCUUUUAGGUCUGUUUAUUUUUGUUAACAUUUUGGCACCAGGAUGUGGAGAGGAAGGCACAUACAUAUAGCCCUGAGGGCUUGGGACCCGGGUUAGCAUGAGAGGUGGCCUACCCCUGAGCCUGGUACCUCUUCUAGCACUUUCAUUCUAAGUAGCACAUCCCCUCAGGUUCUAAUGGAAUGGUUGCUUUCUUACAAGACUAAGCACGGUGGGACAUUCCUGUGUCCAUCUGGCUUUGAUGCCUCUGAGUCUGUAAUUACUAUUUUUGUUUAAGAGAUUAUUGCUAGUAACAGACAAGAGUUUUUGCACAUUGUUGGGGGCCUCGUUUUUUUUUUAAAUACAUGUUAAUAUCCUCUCUGCACCUCAUUUUAUUUGUGGGAAAGGAAUAUCCUAAGUGGUAGCCCUCUGAGUAGCAGUAUGAGCUGACAUUCAACUUUUAACUGUCUAGGCUACCUUUUAUACUAGACCAUGAAAACCAGAGUCUCCAACAUAACAAACUCCAAAAAUGUAAUUCUUUGAUAUUUGAAACGUUUUAUGUACCACAUCGCAAAGCGUAUAUUAAAGUUUGGUGGUUUGUUACGGGAAUAAGAUUCACCUCAUGAUAAAAAGCCUGGUCCUAAAGACCUCUUAUUAAACAAUCAUAUUCACAUAUGAGAAAUUCAUCUUUUUUUUUCCUGUUUUCUCCGGUAUAUGUCAUAUAACAAACUCUAAGAACAAAAUUGUCACCAUAGAUCGCCACACCUCAUUAGCAAGGAAUCUUGUCUGUUCAAGUCUACUCCCAGUUUGACCCUUGGAUGUAAGAGCCAAGUCAUUACAUGUCAGUUCAAUUUUUCUGCCUUAAGAAUGAAUGUCCUAUGUAAAAUAUUGGAUGCAGUGUAUAAAUUAUACAAGGCAGUGUCUUCAGCUUUAUAUAUAGAGAGAGAAAUUGUUAGUUUUAAAGUCAUCUACUUUUAUUUAAACUCCUAGAUUGUUUGCUAUUGCUCUUUGUAAAGAUACAUAUCUUUCAGUAAACUACAUUUUUAACUUUUUCAUAAGCUGAUUUUGGUUCUUUAUAUCAACUUAAGCACACCCUGUUAAAGGGGGAAAUAAACAUUGGGCUUUAAGCAUUAACCUGUGUUAAAUGAAGCCACUUAACCUAAUUUAUGCUUUUGACUGUUCUGUAUAUGGAGAGGAAAGCCUUUAUAAAAAUUAUUCUGUUUUCUGGG